GGAGUCAAAAGUUCAUCCCUACUGCCAGCUGGUGGUGGUGCGCCGCUGCACUGGUAUCGCAGUUAGUGGUCUGUGUCCGAUAUUGACAGCAGUACUCAGAUUCCAGAACCGUACUCCAGGUCAGCCAUCAUCAUGAGAUACAGCAGCACCAGAGGUGGGGUCAAAGGGCAGACAUUUGAGCAAGCUUUGUUCUCAGGGUACUGCAGUGAUGGAGGACUGCUGUUUCCUGAUAGUGUCCCCCAGAUACCUCAAAAGACAUUGCAGACUUGGGCUGACUUGUCUUAUGUGGACCUUUGCAAAGAGAUCAUUCCCCUCUUUGUGGAUGACACAGAAAUACCAAGAAAGGAUCUGCAUGACCUGAUAGACAGGGCCUUCUCCAAGUUCAGGCACCCAGAUGUGGUAAACGUUGCCAGACUUAAGAAGGGCCUGAAUGUCUUAGAGCUGUGGCAUGGGGCAACACUUGCUUUCAAGGACCUGGCUUUGUCCUGCGUGGGACAGUUCUUGGAGUACUUCUUGGAGAAGAGGAAGAAGCAUGUCACCAUUGUUGUUGGGACCUCUGGUGACACUGGCAGUGCAGCCAUCGAGGCUGUGCGAGGGCUGAAGUGGGUGGACAUAGUGGUGCUGCUGCCCCACGGGCGGUGCAGCAGCAUACAGGAGCUGCAGAUGACCACCGUGCUGGACGACAAUGUCCACGUGUUUGCAGUGGAUGGCACAUCUGAUGACUUGGACUAUCCCAUCAAGCAGUGUUUUGUGGAUGCUGAGUUUGUGCAGAAACACAACCUGAUAAGCAUCAACUCCAUCAACUGGGCCCGUGUCAUGGUGCAGACAGUCCACCACUUCUAUGCCUACUUCCAGAUGUGCAGGUCAUGUGACCAAGAGGUGGAGAUUGUGGUUCCCACAGGAGCGAUGGGUAACAUCACAGCUGGGUGUAUAGCUAGGAUGAUGGGCCUGCCUGUGAGGUUUGUGAGUACUGUGAAUGUUAAUGACAUUGUGGACAGAGCCCUGAAGCAGGGGGACUUCUCCAUGGCUGACAAAGUCAUCCCAACCUCCUCCAACUCUAUGGACAUACAGGUGCCUUACAACUUUGAGAGGAUCCUGUACCUGUUCUCAGGCCAGGACUCCGCCCUGGUGGCCAGACUUCUGAGGGAGUUUGAGGCUACUGGGAAGACUGCUAUCCCAAAGAACCUACUGGAUAAGCUGAAUGCAGUCAUGAGAUCGUACAGUGUGACAGAGGCCGACACCUUGCUGGCCAUGAGGACAUGUUGGGAGGAGAACCAGUAUCUGUUAUGUCCCCAUACAGCUGUGGCUGCCUCUUACCACAUGGCACAAGAAAGUAGCAGUUCUUGUAUGAGGGUGUGUGUGGCUACUGCAGCAGCAGCCAAGUUUCCUGAGGCUGUUGAGAAAGCCGGACUGCUCCCCCAGCCCACCCCGGAGCUGGAGGCCCUGGUCUCCAUGCCUACCAAGUACCAGGACAUGAAACAAGGACAAGACUGGGAGGCCAUGCUGAGGGCAAAGAUACAAAGUGUGCACUUAAAGUAAACAUGAAAACAUGUAAUGCAGAGCUUGGCUUAAUGCUAUCAGCUAAUCUCUUCAGGUAGAGACUGAUCAACACCUGCAUCACUUCUCUGAAAUGGCUUCAAGGCCGUAUUCUAAUGCCAUACAAAUAGCAAGUAUUGAUUAUCAAGAAAGAUACAAUACCUAUCAUAUGACUGUGUGGUUUAUGAAUGCCAAAUGUUGGUUUGAAAUGCAAAGCACCUGUUUUUUUAACUCCUCCAUGGCAGAUUUCUUAACAAAUUUAUGUACAGUUUUAUGUAAAUCAUUUUUAAUUCUUUAAUGUCAUGUAUUAUAGUACAUUAUACUGUUAUACAAUAGUGUGCUAUGUUUGCUAAAAGCUUUGCUUGUAUCAUAUAACUGAUAAACCACCUGAAGGUGUACACACCAGUUUGUACAGAAAGUACAUGCUGAAUUAGUAGGUCACCAGAAGUGAACUGAUGUGCUACCCAUAGACUAGAGCUCAGUAUACGCCACAAAAUAUUGUGCAAUAUUACGGAUCAAGAACAUGUCUCAGAUUCUUGAUGAUCAACAAAAAUUCACAAAAUAGACAAAAUGGUUUCAUAGGUAAUUAAAAACAAAAGAAAGACCAGUAUUGGUUAUUUUUCUAAAAAAGUCAUCUAUGCAAUUAUUGGGCGGCUUCAUUUACAUGUAGCAACAAUGGCUUAAAUACAUUCAGCAGCAUACUACUUGUCCUACCAAAGUUCCCAAUUGACAAACAUAAAGUAGAAAAUCCUACUGAUAAACUGUAAUUAUCAAUCCACUAAAUCAAAGCUGAAAAAACUUAGCAGUUAUUUUUAACAAUUAAUGAAUACAGUGAGACUCCUAGCGGAAAAUUUGACAAGUACAGUGUCCUGUAGUUUUGCUUCUGCACCAAUCAUCAAUAAAAUAACAACAACAGUUGAUUUCAUAAGAAAUUAA